CUUCUUAUUACUUUCACAUGGUCAAAGGCAAAGCAACUUGCCCAGAAGCAGCUUUCCAAGCAGUCGUAAUGCGUUCUUCCUUUCUGCUCACGCGCCUGCCUUUCUCGUCAAGCAACUCGUCUCCAAAACCCCAAGUCCGCCUACAACCGUAUCUCCUUUCGUACCAUCCAUUUAACCUGUCUUCAGACAUUCUUCUAUAUACCAAUUCGAAGCUCGACGCAUUACAAUAUAUAAUACAGGAGAUAUGAUCCUCCCUGCUGUGAAGCUUGGAACGCUAGUCUUGAAGACUGUCUGUAAACCCAUAGCGACUAGGCUCAAGAAAGAGGCCGGCUUACACCCCAGGUUCCGCCAGUUGAUCAUCAACUUUGCUCAGGCAAACCAUCGGUUUACAACAACCCUGCAGAGACGCAUUUAUGGUCAUGCAACUGAUGUUGAUAUCCGCCCUCUAAACGAAGAAAAAGCUGUUCAAGCUUCUGCUGAUCUUCUUGGAGAGCUCUUUGUGUUCACGGUUGCUGGGGCUGCCCUAAUCUUUGAGGUGCAAAGAAGUUCUAGAUCUGAAGCUAGGAAGGAGGAAUUACGCAGGCAAGAACUAGAGGCAAUGAAGCAAAGAGAUGAAGAGUUGGCCAAGGAAAUAGAGCAUCUUAAGCACACACUUGAAGAGAUUGAACAGCUUGCCAAGGGAAGAGGUCUCUCUGGUAUUCUAAAUUUCAGACAUUUUCAUGCUGCUGAAGAUGGAAAAUCUGCAAAAUCCACAUAACAUGAUAACACUUGUGAUAUUUGUUCUAAGAAGGAAAGCUUUCAAUUCUUUUUUUCGCCUUGAGUUGACCUCGGCUGUUUGGAUUUUUUUUUUCCCUCUUGUCAACCUCAUUUGUAAAGGGUACAUACUAAAUUCGAGCUAAUAAAAAUUGCUUUUCCUUCUUUU